CCAAACCUAUAUAUACAUUUAAACCCCAUUUAUCAAACAAAACUCAUUUUAAUUAAUUCCUCUCACACCAUUAACCUUAACCGGAAUUAAUUAAUCAAAAUCAAAUCCCCAAAAUCAAUAAAAAAAAAUUAAUGGAAAAUUCAGAAGCUCCGCUCCUCGAAGCGGCGGCGAAGCCGGCGAAGACGCCGCGGCAGAAGGUGGUGCGGAAGGCGUUCAAGGGAACGGCGCACCUCUCCAACCUCCUUCCCACCGGAUCCGUCCUCACCUUCCAAUUCCUCUCCCCGAUCGUGACGAACGAGGGAAAAUGCCGGUCGAUCGCGAGCCAGGGCGCCACCGCCGCCGUGCUGGCGUUCUGCGCCGCCACGUGCUUCGCGAUGAGCUUCACGGACAGCUUCAGGGACGAGCGGGGGAAGGUGCGGUACGGCGUCGCGACGCUCCGCGGCCUGUGGGUGGUGGACGGCGCCGGCGGGCUGGCGGCGGAGGAGGCGGCGAAGUACCGCGUGAGAUUCGUGGAUUUCGUGCACGCGUUCCUGUCGAUCGCGAUCUUCGCGGUGGUGGCGAUGCUCGAUAAGAAUGUGACCGGGUGCUUCUGCCCCUCGCCGUCGGAGGAGGCGAUGGAGAUGCUGGCGACGCUGCCGGUGACGGUGGGGGCGGUGUGCGCGAUCUUCUUCGUGGUGUUUCCGACGAAGAGGCACGGGGUAGGGUUUCCUCUGUCGCGGCAGUGAUUGGAUUGGAUUGGAUUUUGGGGAUUUGGGGAUUUGAUUUUUGGAGAUUAAUUAAUUAAUUGAUUAAUUCAAUCUUAAAGGUUAAUCGUUGCGAUUAAUUUGUGUUUUGGAAAAUGAUUACGUAUUAAUUAUAUUAAUCGUGAGUUUUGGAA